GCCCAAGGCGCUGGUAACGCGGCAACUCUAAGUCACAGGUACCAAACCAAAGAUGUCCUGGACAAGAAAGAUUCUACUCAUCUUGGGAUUCCUCUCUACUUUGGCUGUAAUUGCUUUAAUUGCUGUAGCAGUGACCCAAAACAAGCCACUUCCGAAGAAUAUUAAGUAUGGGAUUGUGCUGGAUGCGGGGUCGUCCCACACCAACCUGUAUGUGUACGAGUGGCCAGCAGAGAAGGAGAACGACACUGGGGUGGUGCAGCAGGUGGAGGUGUGUAAAGUCGAAGGCCCUGGGAUCUCAGGUUACUCCCAUGCCACGGAGAAGGCAGGUCCCUCUCUGGCACAGUGCCUACGACAAGCAGAAGAGGUGAUUCCCUCAAAGCAGCACCCAGAGACACCCGUCUACCUCGGAGCAACUGCCGGCAUGCGGCUUCUCAGCUUGGAGAAUAAAAGUGCAGCUGACAAAGUCUUGUCCUCAGUAGAGAAGACGCUACGCUCAGCUCCCUUCAACUUCCAGGGUGCCAGAAUCAUCAGUGGUCAGGAAGAAGGAGCCUAUGGAUGGAUCACCAUUAACUACCUGCUGGGCAAUUUCAAGCAGGAUUCUGGCUGGACAAAGCUUCUGCAUUCCCUGAAAUCCAUAAGUGAGACAUCAGGAGCACUAGACCUCGGAGGAGCCUCAACACAGAUUACCUUUGUACCAAAUGAACUCUCUUCUGAGUCCCCAGAGAACCUGCUCUACUUCCGUCUCUAUGGCAAGGAUUACCUAGUGUACACGCACAGCUUUCUCUGCUAUGGGAAGGACCAGGCUCUGCAACAGAAACUGGCCAGGGACAUACAGGCAAGUACAUCUAACAGCAGCCUCCUUGAUCCAUGCUUUCACCAGGGGUAUCAGAGGACUAUAAAUAUAAGUGACCUCUUCAAAAACCCUUGUACAUCAGCCAAGAAAAAGCAAUUCCCUUUCAGCCAGCUGUACAUACAGGGAGAGGGGGAUUACCAAAAGUGCCGAAGAAACAUCCAGAAACUCUUUAACAAAACCAAUUGUCCUUACUCCAGUUGCUCCUUCAAUGGGAUAUACCUACCUCCAUUACAAGGGGAUUUUGGGGCCUUUUCUGCUUUCUACUUUGUGAUGAACUUUUUGAACCUGACCAGUGAACAAAGCCCCGUUGCCCUGGACAAAGUGGCCAGCGCCAUUGAGAGCUUCUGUGCCCGGCCUUGGCAUGAGGUGAAGACAGCGUAUCACCAAAUAAAAGAAAAGUAUCUGAGUGAAUAUUGCUUCUCUGGAGUCUACAUCCUCUCUCUCCUGGAAAAUGGCUAUGAAUUCACUGAAAAGAACUGGCAAAGGAUCCACUUCCUUGGAAAGAUCGGCAGCAGCGACGCAGGCUGGACCCUGGGCUACAUGCUGAACCUGACCAACAUGAUCCCCGCAGAGGAGCCCGCUGCACCCCCUCUUUCCCACGGCAGCUAUGUGGGGCUGAUGGUGCUGUGCUCCCUCGUUCUGGUGUCCGUGCUCCUGUUUGCCUGGCUUCUCUUCCACAAGCCCAAGUGCCUGCAGAAGGGGAUUGUUUAGGAAGAGCCU